AUGAUCGAAUAUGAAAGACUAGAUUCAGCUAGUUUAUUAUGUUUAUACCCAAUAUUGAUAGAUGAGGUAAUUAUCAUAUAUAUUCUUAAGUGCAGAAAAUCUAAUCUUGUCACCUAAGUGUUCAAUUAGUGCUAAAAAUUGAGUUUGAUAACACAAUUUCCAUUAGUAAAUAUUAUAAAUAAAGAUUGA